AUGUGCUUCAACCCAAACGUACAUUUUCAGUAUGGAGGUUCCUAUUCACGAGGCGAGGAGGGGCUGCAAUGGGUAACAAGAAAUCCAUCACACGCCAUAUCGUUUAAGACAUCAUCUGUGGCCGAGAUAACAUACUCGGAUUUAGUGGAUAAGAUAUUGAAGAAGAUUGCGGUUGUUGGAGCUAAUCCGGAGCUGAAACUGAGUUACAUUCCAUUGGUUAAUAAACCUGUGAUAGAGUCAUAUAUAUUCGAUGAUGAUGACUUAUAUGCUUAUCUGACGACAUUGGAUAAAGAGGGAUUUAGGUCUGUGAUGCAUGUGGAGGUAAUGAAAGGUUUGGAAACAAACAAGAGGAGGGAGCAUACUUCCAGAACAGAGGCAGUAAGUUCAUAUGGUUUGAAUUAUGAAGACCCGGUUGAAAAUGAUGGUGAUUUGCGGAAUUCUGGUAUGCUUACAAUUUAUAGAGCGCGUGGAGAAGGAGAAGAAGAACAUAGGGCGCCAAUCAUUGAAGAGGUGGUCUCUGAUGGUAACGAAAAUGGCGAAAAUGGCGUGUGUUGUGAAUCUAAUGGUUUGGAUAACCAUGCUAGAUAUUAUGACCUGCCACGCUCUGCAGAAGAAAGACAGUACGUAACUGAAUGGGAUGAUGGUACGGGUCUUGAAAUAGGUCAAGAGUUUUGUUCUAGGGAGGCAUUGCAAGAUUUGGUCGACCGAGCUUCAAAUAAAAACUGUUUUGGAUUCCUUACUUAUAAGUCGGAUCUAGGCCGACUUAUUCUUGAAUGUCGUCAAAAGAGUAUUGGGUGUAAGUGGUAUUUACGAGCUACAAACAUUAAGGGAUCAAGUUUAUUCGCUAUUAGAGUGUACAGGAAGAUGCAUACAUGCUCUCGGGCUGCGCAGAGUAGCAGCACUAAUAGAAGGAGAGGUACCCCACGAUUAGUAGCAUCUGUUCUUCAUGAAGACUAUCCUGGUCAAUUCGACACCCCAGCUCCGAAAAAUAUUGUUGGUCUCGUUCAACGCAGAGUUGGUUUGAGUGUGUCUUACUCCACGGCCUUGAGAGGAAAACGCCUGGCUGUUAAUGAUGUGCGAGGCAAUCCUGAGGAAGGGUAUAUGAUGUUGUACUCUUAUUUGUACAUGCUGGAGAAGGUAAAUCCUGGGUCAGUGACAAGUGUUAAAUUGGAUAUCUUGGGACAGUUCCAGUACUUGUUCAUUGCCUUGGGAGCUAGCAUAGAAGGGUUUAGAUCGAUGAGGAAAGUGAUAGUUGUGGACUCAACCUUUCUGAAGACUGUUUAUGGUGGACAGCUUGUGUUUGCCUCAGCACAGGACCCUAAUCAUCAUCAUUACCCUAUUGUGUUUGGUGUGAUUGAUGGUGAGAAUCAUGCUAGUUGGAGCUGGUUUCUUGGAAAGCUGAAAACGGUUAUACCGGAUGAUCACGAAUUGGUUUUUAUGAGUGACAAGGCAUAA